AUCGAACUUGACUCUUUAGUCGUCAGAUGUCACUGGCAUCUUUGUUUGGAAAUUAUGUGUGCAGGUGCAAAGUGUGUAUUAUCGCGGCUGCAAUUUGCUCCUCUGAAUCUUUUGUCUAGUGUUUUGAAACGUUCUGAAAUCAUCAAGAAUUCCUCUAUUUCUCCCUCUCUCUUACUGAAAUCUAUUUAGGAUAUGAAUCGUGUUCGGCCUCGUCUCGUGACUUUCGAUGUGACCGGCACGUUAUUAAUGACGGAGCUCGAAAAGCAUUACAGUGAAAUUGGUUCUCAACAUGGUUUAGUCGUCGAACCAAAGAAAUUGGCGCAAAGUUUUAAAAGCAAUUUCACGCAGCUUAGUAAGGAGCACCCGAUAUACGGCAAGCAUACUGGUUUAGGAUGGGAGAACUGGUGGAGAACACUCGUGCAUAAUGUAUUCGGAGAUCAGCAUGCUUCUGUGUCGAAGAAUCAAUUAGACAAGGUUGCUAAUAGCCUGAUAAAAUGUUACGGCACCAGCAGAUGUUGGCACAAAUAUCCUGGUGCAACUGAUCUACUCGACUACUUGCAAAAAAAGGAUAUCAUUCUGGGUGUCAUAUCAAAUUUCGAUGUACAAUUAGAAUCAGUCCUCAAGGAUACUCAAAUGCAUCAAUAUUUUACUUUUGUUUUGACUUCGUACGAUUUUGGUGUGGAAAAGCCAAGUUUGCAAAUAUUCAAGGAAGCAUUAAGAUUAGUAAAGCAUCUUCGAGAAGAAAAAAUAUCGCCUCAAGAAGCAAUGCAUAUUGGUGAUAAUCUGGACAAUGAUUAUUUUGGAGCAAAAACUGCUGAUUGGAAUGCUUUGUUAAUUAAACAUGAAGGUGAGAUUGAUGAGAACAAAAUACCCAAAGAAGAUAUUUUUGGAAGUUUGAAGGACCUUCAGGAACACUUUAGGAUGAUAUUUGAAACGAAUUAAAUAUAGUACAAUAAUAAUAUUAUCUAUUAUUUGAUAUUAGAUUAAUUUAAUAGAACA